AUGCGUUUACCACCUAUUGCCGUGAUUCUCACUUGGCCCAACCCCAACUACGUCAACCCCGAGACUCGCGGCGAUGCGCUACUCAUUGUCAACUCCAUCUUUAUCAGUCUCACUAUCAUAGUUGUCGCGUUGCGUUUGUACACACGUUUAGUUAUAAAAAGAUGGUUGGGAAUCGACGACGUCUUCAUUCUGCUCGCUUUGUUCUUUACAAUCGGCUUGACUGCCGUCGUUCUUGUCGCAAACCAAAGUUAUGGUUGGGAUAGACAUGUCUACGACAUCGAGUUCUACAAACUCGAACCCACGUCCAAGAUUGCAAUGGCGGCCAAGAUCGUGUUUACGGCAGCAGCCACUUUUACGCGUUUAUCUCUGCAUUGUCUGUAUUAUCGACUGGUUCAAGACUCGGGCAUGACUUGGUUCAAGUGGAUUGUACAUGCAAAUGUAGCAUACAGUUUGGCUAUCUUUGUGUCUUACACCUUUAUUGCGAUAUUCUUGUGUACGCCGAUUGAGAAUUAUUGGAAGUUGGACGCACCAGCGGACAGUUGUUUGGACGAAGGCAUUGCCACGCUCGUUUGUGGCAUCAUCAGCACAGUGGCUGAUUUCGUGACUGCUGUGACACCCAUCCCAGUAAUCAUGGGAUUACACAUGCCGCUUCGCCAACGCUUCGGAGCCGCCUUUCUCUUCGCUCUAGGGGUGAUUGUGACUAUUGCUGGAAUCAUUCGCACAUGGUACAUUUACAAAAGCUUAAUGGUAGAGGAUGACACGACGUGGUACGCUUAUCCGCUCUGGAUAGCUGCAGCCGUCGAGGUUGAUUUGGGAGUGAUCUGCGCAUCGGCGCCAGCUCUCCGCCCUCUGCUAGCAAGGAUUUCUUUUAGUCCACCAGGAUCUUUAUCACCAAAUAUCGUACCGAUAUACAACAAGCCCACAGAACGAUCCUCCGCGAGAUGCAAGGAACCCACAACAUGCUCGUCUCGAAGUUUCUCCAAGAACUCCAAACUAGCCUCGACACUCUCCUCCAACGUCACGACCCAAGGCUCCAUAUCCAUACCACUCGCUUCUGUCCUGUCCUCGAAAAGAAGGUCUGGCGUGGUUAGCAGUGCGCCAGAACUAUCCCAAGACAGGGGUAAAAGUUAUGAAAUGAAGCCAUGGAAUCCGUGGGAUGACGUGGAACGGGGCAUCUUAAGCCACAGGCCCGAGCGCGAAAAUUCUGAACCCUACCGCAGCAGCCAGGACGUCAUAUUAGAGACCGAGGAGGAAGCGCGUCCUGGGGCUGAAUCUAAGAGUUUGUGGUCUUGGGGAAGGACACGAUCGAGCGCGGAUACAGAGGCGGGUACUACGAUUAUGAGAACAGAGGAGUUUGAGGUGAGGAAUGAGAGAUCGGAGCAUCGUGAGCAUCGACAUGGCGUGAAAGAGGAUCGCCAUUGA